AGGGGGUCGCCUGCUCUCCUGGGGGUGGAACGAACAUGGGAUGUGUGGGGACGGUUCCGAGACAGAUGUCAGCGAACCACAGCCCAUUCCUGCCCUCAGGCCUCUUGUGAUUGGCUGUGGCGCUGGCCACUCUAUGGCACUGUGUGCUGUGAGGACAGGUGAAGAGAAGUCUACAGAGGACAUGGAGAUAGAACAAGCUACGCUAGUUUGAAACUAGCAUGUUUGAGCUGACUUAUCAGGACUGUACUCGGGUAAGAUGGCGGACCGCUUGUGCUGCUGGUUUGAAGCCAAUGUCUAUUGUUUUAUCUCUAUGGCAGAGGACAGCCAGCUCACUGUGGGGCGUGAGAGGAACAUGAUAGACUGGGUGAUCAUGAUUCAUACCUUUAUGUGGAAUGAGCCUCAGGGGAAAAUCUGGGAGAAGGACAUUCUGAAUGAUGUCAAGUAUGUGGGUGUGUCUGUCUGAGCAAAAUAACCAAACCCCCGUUUAUGAUUGCUUUGUUGUUGGCCAAAGUAAGGCACAUGUAAAUUCAGUAAAUAACUGCCUUUGUAAUGUAUUUUAUUUCCAUCUAUGACACAUUGCCCUUUUGUUCCAAGAGCCCAUACUCACAAAGCCUGUCAGAGUAGGAGGGCUGAUCUAGGAUCAAUUCUAUUUUAAAUUCUAAUCAAUUCAGAAUGUAAACCCCAUUUUCCAAAUGUUCCUAAUUGAAAAGCAUUGAAGAGAAUUGAAAUUGGAAUUUCAGUGCAUAUCCUGAAUUGACUGGAAUUAAAAUGGAAUUGACCCUAAACCUACAGUCCGUGUAAUCGUAUUCUUGUAGUCAUUUAAAAAGACGAAACCGAUCCUAGAUCAGCACACACUUGAUACAUACGGCCCCAGGUCUGUAUUCAAACUGUAAGAUGUCAAAAUUAAUAUUGUUCUGGCGUUAGAGACGGGUGAGUUAUGUAUGAUCAGGGACGGAGGCCAUCAUUCCUUGAGCCCAGUCCAGAUAUGAUUGGAGGUCAGGGAGAUGGAUGCAUAAAUCCAUAAGUCUAUACAUGAUGCCUAUGUCCCAGUACCAGUCAAAAGUUUUAGAACACCUGCUCAUUCAAGGGUUUUUCUUUAUU